CAACAUCUACAAGCAAAAGCACCAAGAAAAGUCAUGACUACUAUUUGAUGGCAAUAAUAUAGUUUGAUUUUUCUUGAAAUUAUAGUUAUCUAUUUUUAUCAAAUAAUAAAUGUAAUAUGAUGUUUGGCAUGAUAAUCUGAUCAAUAAGCCUUCAAGAUUAACUAUUAAGAUCAUCAAGAUAAACCCAAGAUGAGUCCACCAACCUCCCUCCAAUUGGACAAUCCCUCUCUACCAAAAACAUAUCACCAUAAUGUUUUAAAGUGAGAAGCUCUAAUCAUUUUGCUGUCAAAUAAUUGGCAAUGAUCUGUGUUUUCAUGGCUUCUCUACUCAUGAAUAUUGUUCUCUUCCUUCUCUCAAUUUACACAACAGGUUCAAGAGCUUCAAGCACCAAUUCCAGUGAUAAUUUCUUUGAACUAUGUCCUCCAACAAGAUGUAGCAAUACAGGUCCAACUAUCAGAUUCCCUUUCAGGCUAAAUACUCAACCACCCUCUUGUGGCAUUGAAGGCUAUGAAUUAUCAUGCUCAGGCAGCAACACAGUGUUCCGCCUCCCUUCCUCCGGCGACUACUACGUUAAACAAAUCUCCUACCUCCGAAACUGGAUUUCUCUAAAAGAAAUCCAUACCACGAAUUGUCCGAUUCAAAGUGUAAUGCUUUUUAACCGCUCUGGAUCAAUUUUAACCGCAUCCUAUUAUCUUGCUGUUGUGAAGUGCACGGAAAGGGUUGCGAAAGAUGGAAUAUCGGGCCCAAUUGAUUGUUUACGGGAUGAUAAUACUAAUUUUAUUUAUGUAAUGAACGGUGGGGAUCAGAUGGAUAAGCUGCCUUUACACUGCAAAAUGUUCAAGAGUGUGGGAUUUGGAAAUGUAGACGUGAAUGAGGCACCUGUUGAGAGGCUGUUGAGGACAGGAGAGAUCGUCGAGAAUUGGAAUGGUUUUGGACGAUGUUAUAAAUGUGAAAAUUCUGGAAAGUAUUGUGGGCUCAAUAGCACAAGUACUGGAACAAUCUGUUCUAGUAAGAAGCCCCCAAGUACACCAGUAAUUAUAGGAACUACUGUUGGAGGCACCAUUUUCCUUGCAUUGGUGAUAGUAGUACUCGCCAUCUACCGACGUAGAAAAUCUGAAAGUGAACUCAAGAUAGAGAAAUUCCUAGCAAACUACAAGACCCUCAAUCCGACCAGGUAUACUUUCACUGACAUCAAGAAAAUAACCAGCCGAUUUAAGAAGAGACUAGGCCAAGGAGGUUUUGGAAGUGUCUACCAAGGGAAACUCCCCAAUGGGAUACCUGUUGCUGUGAAAAUGCUCGAGAAAUCUGAAGGCAAUGGGGAAGAGUUCAUCAACGAAGUGGCCACUAUAAGUAGGAUACACCAUUUCAAUGUGGUUCACCUCUUGGGAUUUUGCUAUGAAGGGACGCGACGUGCUCUGGUUUAUGAGUUCAUGCCAAAUGGGUCGCUUGACAAGUUCAUACUCUCAAAAGAAGCCAAAAAGUCUCGUGAUCAUCCAUUGAGUUGGGAAAAGCUACAAGAAAUUGCGAUUGGCAUUGCUCACGGGAUAGAAUAUUUACACCAAGGGUGCAACCUAAGGAUCCUUCAUUUCGAUAUAAAGCCUCACAAUAUCUUACUUGACGGGAAUUUUCAACCCAAGAUUUCGGAUUUUGGACUUGCCAAGCUGUGUUCAAAGGAUCAAAGUGUUGUAUCCAUGACAGCUGCAAGGGGAACCACAGGGUACAUUGCACCCGAGCUCUUCUCAAGAAACUUUGGAGAGGUUUCUUACAAGUCCGAUGUUUACAGCUUUGGAAUGUUGCUGUUAGAGAUGGUUGGGUGUAGAAAAAACAUUGAUGUUACUGUUGAAAAUCAAAGCCAGAUUUACUUUCCAGAAUGGAUUUAUGAAAGAAUGAGACAAGGGAAAGAACUUGGAUUGCGAGUAGAGAUGGAUGGAGACGAAGAGAUUGCAAAGAAGCUUGCAAAUGUUGGACUUUGGUGCAUUCAGUGGAGUCCAUCAGAUAGACCUUCCAUGAAAAGGGUGGUUCAAAUGCUAGAAGGUGACUUUAGAAGUGUAGAAAUGCCUCACAAGCCUUUUCUUUAAGAUGUUGAGAUGGGUUCUUGAGAUGAGUUCAAUUUGGUGUCAAAUUUGAGUAUAUAUAUAUAUAUAUAAGAAUGGUCCAUUUUAAUUCAUAAAUUUCCAUCUUUUAGUUAUAGAUGAAAUGAAAUACCACAUGCAUGCUCCUUAGCCAUAGGAUUGAGUAUGUACAUGUACACAUUCCCUUGAAGAGAUUAUGUAGAUCCUGUCUUUCCAAAAUCCCUAGAAUUAUCACUUUAUCCCUCUUUA